CAAUGAGCAAACUCUCCUUCCGCGCCCGGGCGCUAGACGCCGCCAAACCGCUGCCCAUCUACCGCGGCAAGGACAUGCCCGACCUCAACGACUGCGUCUCCAUCAACCGGGCCGUGCCGCAGAUGCCCACGGGGAUGGAGAAGGAGGAAGAAUCGGAACAUCAUUUGCAACGGGCAAUCUCAGCACAGCAAGUUUUCAGAGAAAAGAAGGAGAGCAUGGUUAUCCCAGUCCCUGAAGCAGAGAGCAAUGUCAACUACUACAAUCGUUUGUACAAAGGAGAGUUCAAGCAACCAAAGCAGUUCAUUCACAUCCAACCCUUUAAUCUGGACAAUGAACAGCCAGAUUAUGAUAUGGACUCUGAGGAUGAGACCCUACUGAACAGGCUGAACAGGAAGAUGGAAAUCAAGCCACUGCAGUUUGAAAUUAUGGUUGACAGACUCGAAAAAGCCAGUUCUAGUCAGCUUGUGACCCUUCAGGAAGCCAAACUGCUGCUGAACGAGGACGAUUACCUGAUCAAGGCUGUCUAUGAUUACUGGGUGAGGAAACGCAAGAACUGCCGGGGGCCCUCGCUCAUCCCCCAAAUCAAGCAGGAGAAGAGGGAUGGCUCCACCAACAACGACCCCUACGUGGCCUUCCGCAGGAGAACUGAGAAGAUGCAGACCAGAAAGAACCGAAAGAAUGAUGAAGCAUCUUAUGAGAAGAUGUUGAAAUUAAGGAGGGAGUUUAGCAGAGCCAUAACAAUUUUGGAGAUGAUUAAGAGGAGAGAGAAAACAAAACGGGAGCUGUUGCAUUUAACGUUGGAAGUUGUGGAGAAAAGGUACCAUUUGGGUGAUUAUGGAGGUGAAAUCCUCAAUGAAGUGAAGCUGAACAGGCCUGAAAAAGAGAUGGGCACAACUCCAUCAUCUCUCCACAAUGGGAACCACCACAAAGUUCAAGAAUGUAAAGUUAAGCAUCCUCACCACUCCUCUCUGAAGGAGGAGGUGUCCGACGUUGUCCGUCAGAAGAAGAAAUACCUGAAGAAGCCCAAACUGGAGUGUGUGGUGACCCCUCAGCCCCUGGCUGAGCCCUUGCCUGUGCUCAGCAAGAGUGACAUCAAACAGUAUGACUUCCACAGCUCUGAUGAGGAUGAGUUUCCACAGGUACCCUCACCAGUGUCAGAAGCAGAAGAAGAAAAUGAUCCUGAUGGACCUUGUGCUUUCAGGAGAAGAGCAGGAUGCCAGUAUUAUGCUCCUCGUUUGGACCAAACGAAUUCUUCGUACGAAAACCCAGAAUUGGCAGAAUUGGACAAACUGAGGUUCAGGCAUUGCCUUACAACCCUCACAAUCCCAAGGAGAUGUAUAGGAUUUGCAAGGAGGAGGAUUGGCAGGGGUGGAAGGGUUAUCAUGGACCGAAUAUCCACAGAACACGAUCCUGUCCUGAGGCAGAUUGACCCGGAAAUGCUCAACAGUUUUUCAAGCUCUUCCCAGACUUUAGACUUUUCUUCUAAUUUUUCACGGACCAAUGCUUCCAAUAAACAUUGUGAAAACAGACUGUCCCUUCCUGAAAUCCUAAGCAAUAUCAGAUCAUGUCGACUGCAGUGUUUCCAGCCCAGGCUACUCAAUCUCCAGGACAGUGAUAGUGAAGAAUGUACCUCAAGGAAAGCAGGGCAGACUGUGAAUAAUAAAAGAGUCUCUGCAGCAUCUGUAGCUUUAUUGAACACCAGCAAGAAUGGCAUAUCAGUCACAGGGGGGAUCACAGAGGAGCAGUUCCAGACACACCAACAGCAGUUAGUGCAGAUGCAGAGGCAGCAGCUGGCCCAGCUGCAGCAGAAGCAGCAAUCUCAGCAUUCCUCCCAACAGCCACAUCUGAAAGCACAGGGCUCCAGCACCUCUGACUGUAUGUCCAAAACCCUGGAUUCAGCCAGUGCCCACUUUGCUGCCUCUGCAGUGGUCAGUGCCCCGGCCCCCGGGCGCAGCGAGGGAGCCAAGGAGCAGAACACCAGCCACAACAAUAUCAACGGUGUUGUCCAGCCUUCAGGAACCUCCAGAACUUUAUACUCCACCAACAUGGCUUUAUCAUCCAGCCCAGGGAUCUCAACUGUACAGCUUGUAAGGACAGUUGGCCACAGCACCACAAACCACUUAAUCCCAGCCUUGUGCACGAGCAGCCCUCAGCCUCUCCCCAUGAACAAUUCCUGCCUGCCCAGCGCCGUGCACCUCAACAACGUCAGUGUUGUGUCUCCUGUCAAUGUUCAUAUCAAUACACGGACUUCAGCUCCCUCGCCAACAGCCUUAAAACUUGCCACAGUUGCUGCCAGCAUGGACAGAGUGCCAAAGGUAACUCCCAGCAGUGCCAUCAGCAGUAUAGCAAGAGAGAACCAUGAACCAGAACGCCUGGGCUUGAACGGCAUCGCAGAGACCACAGUGGCCAUGGAGGUGACAUAACCUCCAGCAGUGUCCCCAGCUGUGGUGUGCUCCUUCCUGUUGCAGCUGAAUGCAAACACAGCACUCUGUGGCUCACACAGAACUCACACAGACCUGAAUGGACUCGGAUUAUAUCGUGUAUUAAGUCGAUAUAUAAUGUACAUUUUGUAAAAUUGGGAAAAUCACUACCUUGUAAAAUAGUUUAUUUGUAUCAUCAAUAUUAUUUCUGUUACUUGAAUAGUAGAUAUUCAUCAUCAUGCUUUUGCACUUGAAUUUGCAACUGAAUGGAUUAAAAAAUAAUUCUUUAAUGGGAUCAUGAGCAUGACAUGGGAUCCUGCAUCACUUGUUUAAACUAUUUAUUUUGCCAUGUUUACAUUUUGUAUCUUGUACAAAUAAAUGCAACUUUGUGUCUAAAAAAAAAAAGUUAAAGAUUCAUAGCUAGGAAACAAAAUUCUUGUAAUUUUUUUCUAAAGGAAAUGUAAAGUUUUCACUUGGUUCAUUUUGUUUCACAAUUUGACUAGAUGGACUUUUUGGUAAAUACUUUAGUGGCAUUUCACUGUCAAAUAUGAAGUUCAAGGCAAAAUAGUAUUUUCUAUUACUGUGCAGGGGAAAGGGAUGGAUCGAUACAUGCAAAUUUAAUGUAGUAACUCACUUUUCCAUAUAUUUUGAAUGUAUAUUUCUAUUUAUAAUACCAGUUUAUAAAAAAUAAUUACACAGGAGAGG